AUGGCCAGACUAGCAAACUUGUUCAACAAAGUCCAUCUCCAAUUUCCUCAAGCCGAACAUCAUCACGACAAGCAUCCAGACCCGCCGUCUCCUCAAGCCCAACGGCCAGACUAUUAUCCAUCCCCCGGCAAUCACAUCCACAGACCUCAAGGCGCACAUGAUUGCGGAUAUCAGGACUCGAUGCAAGAUUUUUGCAACGCGUUUUGGGGCGAUGCCGGAUAUGAGGUGUUGAUGUCUCGAGUGAAACAGUCCUCCAGAAUGCUAGAAGAUCUCAAGACUUGGUACAAGGAACGAUCGGCGAUCGAACUGGAGUACUCGAAAAAGCUCUUCAGGCUCAGUAAAUCUCCCGUCCUAGCUAGCGCUGCCGCGAACCUCGAACCGAUCGGCUUGAAAUCCGCGCUCGAUUCCAUUCGUAUCAGUACUGAGAAAUCAGCUCAUUGUCACGCUGAGUUAUCUGGCACUUUCAAGACAGCCUUAUACGAGAAGUUUGCUGCUUUCAUCAGUACCCGCGAUUCCGUUAAGAAGAAUCCCCAAGCUACAGUGGAAAAAUUGCGGAAAAUCCUGGUUGAUUUACAAGCGAUGCAUGAGAAAGCUAGGCGGCGGUUCGAAUCAGAUUCGAUUGCGAAAAAUGGUUAUGUAACUCAGCUCCAAUUAGUCCAAGGUCGUGAUUCAGACAAGGUGUCCAACAAGCUCGACAAAGUCCACAUGAGUAUCAAAAUUACUGAAAAAGAAUACCGGACUCACAACAAAAACUUCCAGGAAACCAUCAACGAGUGGAACACCCAAUGGAAACUGUUCUGCGAUUUGAUUCAAGACCUUGAGGAAGACCGGAUUGAUUUUGUCAGAAACACCUUUUGGGACUAUGCAAAUGCCGUAUCUGCAAUCUGCGUUGCUGAAGACGAGCAAUGUGAGUGUAUCCGACAAUCUCUCGAGCGUUGCGAUGCGAGCAAGGAUGUUAGAAGCUACGUUCGUCAAGCAGCUACGGGGAAUGAAUACACUUUGGCACCCUGCUUUGUCGACUAUACAGCUGGUGAAAUUCCCCGUCCAGUCGCAGUACUCGCCGCCAAUUUCAUCCGAACGUCGACACGGAAGCCUGAGGAUACGACGCUUGUACCGUUGAGCAAGCCUCUCCAAGGGAUGGUCCAAUCAAUCAAAGCCGGGCCGCCCCUGCCCCCGGAAGCCCACGGCCCCAACGGAAAGAAUGCGAGCACCGCAUGGGAAAACAAAAACAAGAUCAAGCGGGGGGGCGUGAUUGCGGAAGCAGUGGCAAGCAUGAGUCUCAACAACAUCCAAAACGUCAACCCCAAUCCACCCGAACGGAACACCGAUCUCACGGCCGAUAACUUAGACCAUCUCCAGCGGAUCAUCGGCCACUCUCAUACUCAGCCCGGGCUUGUCUAUCCAUCCGACCGCCCAAGUAAUGAACAGCCCCCGAACCCAUACCGCAGUCCUCAAUAUGCUCAUCCAGUGGCUUACCAUCAACCUCACAACCAUCCAAGCCUUGAUGGUGGUCACAUUGCCGCCCAGAACUCUCAAUCAAUUUAUGAGGGAAACAAUAAGAAAUCCUUGCCAUUGACACCGAUCAACCUCAAUGAUCGGCCUCUUCCUCCUCCGCCCAUCUGA